AUGUUUCCAGGAGAUUUUUUCCUGCUAUUUCUACUAACACGUAUAUGCGGUAGUCAUUCUGCUAAAGCAAAAAAAUCUUUUUCCAUCGUGAAUCGCAUAAGUCGGGUUCCUGUUAUUAUCGUUGUCUUUCUUUUGUUAUUAUUGACCUGGUUUUAUUUGAAAGAACAUGGGAUACACAACACUGGAUCAAAAAGUGAUAUUCAUUCUACUAUACUUCAAGAUAUGGACCAAUAUCGCAAACUGUUUGAGGUAGAUAAACAGAGUAUCGAUAAAACAGAGUUUUAUGAUCUGAAUUUAUUUGAGGGAACCUCAACGGGGGUGACCAAUGAGGAGGUAAUCCUGAUGUUAAUACCAUUGCGAAACGCCGAAGACGUGCUUCCUUUCAUGUUUCUGAACAUGAUGAAUAUGACCUAUCCCCAUUCUUUGGUUGAUGUGGCAUUUUUAGUUAGCGAUUGUUCUAGUGGAGACUCUACAUUGGCAACAGUCUCAGAUUUCAGCUUGUUAUUACAAAAUGGAACACUGUUAACUCACCUUCAGGAUUUAGAGGGAAAAUAUCCGGGAUGUACACUCCCUUCGUCAUUUCUGUUCAAAAAUUUUAUGAAACCGGGAUAUGGAGAGUCUAUUUUAAAGGCAUAUUCCCCUCCUUAUCAUUCUGAGUUUGAAAAACCGUUUAGAACUGUCCAGAUUUUUCAAAAAGACUUUGGUCAGGCAGUUGGCCAAGGAUUCAACGACAGACAUGAUGUCAAGGUUCAGGGAAUUAGACGUAAGCUGAUGGGAAGGGCUAGAAAUUGGUUGUUAUCCGCCGCUUUGAAGCCUUAUCAUUCGUGGGUAUAUUGGAGAGAUGCUGAUAUUGAGUCAUCUCCAGGCAGCGUUAUUCAAGAUUUGAUGAAGUUCCGAGAUCAGGGGUUUGACGUUAUUAUACCUAAUGUUUGGCGACCACUCCCAGAAUUUCUCGGGAACGAGCAACCGUACGAUUUGAAUGCCUGGAUAGAGUCUGAUGCUGCCAGAGAAUUAGCCUCUUCGCUAGAUGAAGACGAUGUUAUAGUGGAAGGCUAUGCCGAGUAUCCAACCUGGAGAGUACACCUUGCUUAUCUUAGGUCAAAUGAGGGCAACCCUGAUGAUAUCAUAGAUUUGGAUGGUGUUGGGGGAGUGUCGAUUCUGGCCAGAGCUGAACUUUUUAGAAAAGGUGCACACUUCAGCGCCUUUACCUUUGAAAACCAUGCUGAAACAGAGGCUUUUGGAAAAAUGGCUAAAAAGAUGGGAUUCAGAGUCGGAGGUACCCCACAUUACACGUUAUGGCAUAUUUAUGAACCAAGUGUGGACGAUCUAAAGCAAAUGAAACACUACAAGGCAAGCGAAAAUAAUAAACAAUAA